AAAUUUUAACCCUUCUUAUUCAUAUAAAAUUCUCGGUAUUGGUUUGGUAUUUGAGCUUCCUGAGACUCAUUUUUCUUCAAGUUGGUCCUCAACUCAACAAACUCAAAAGCUGAGACUAAACUAAACCAUAUAUCGUAUCGUAUUAUUCAUUCAGGCAAACAUUUAGUUAGUCUUUCUUAUCAAUUAUUAUUUCUUAUCUUAUCGUCGUAUAAUUCAGCUGAAAUUGCCAACUCUGCAAUUCCACCGGUGAUCCGUGCACAAUUACCAUUUUUCCAUUGAUAGUGGGCGUAUCACAGAAUCCUUAUUAUUCUCAAAUCGGACACUCUAUAAAUUGACCAUUGUUCCUCACAAAUAAUACUCAGCUGUGUAGUUCCAGCCAGCCUUAAAAUCGGAAGUGCACUCCAUCCGGCUCCUCCGUAUUGUCGAAACCUUGAACCAAACAAAACUCCAAUUUCCUUCCUCCUUCCUUUAUAAAAGCAAAGUCAAGUCAAGUCAACCGUGACCAUCGUCGUCAUCAUCGUCCCUGAGAGAAAAGCAAGAUUUGUCUGUCUGUCAAGCAAAAAAAGGAGAAAGUACUUAAAAAAAGCUCUCUUUCUUUACACAACAGAACAGACUCUCCAAAAGUUGAAGAAGAAGUGCUCUUUGUUGCUUUGCUACUCUGCGAGUGAAAUAAGUAAGCGCCUGGCCUGGCGUCGUCAUUCUGCUCAAGAAAAGUAAAACCGAGUCAACAUUUGGGGCUCAAUAUUGAAAAGAAAAUAGUAUUUGUGUUAAGAAGAAAGCACACAGCCCAUCGUCUUCGCAUUUCAUAUCCCCAUCGGGCUUACUUAAAGUCCAGAUAGUGCAGUCCUGCUUUCUUCACACAUUUUGUCCCACUGACUGCUAGCUAAGGAUCCGUUAACUACACACAGUUUCAAUAGUGGUUUGGUCGGUUUGGUGGGUGCAAAUACGGAGUGAUAGAUAUUAUUAAUACGGAAGAAGAGAAAGGAGUUGGUUCGCUUUCUCUACUACUGCUCGAGUCUCGACUCCUGGAACAUUACACGGACAAGUCAGAAGCAGAGCAAGUGCAGAAGAAUCCUGUUCUCUCAAAACGGCCAGAAUAUUAGUUCUCCAGUCAGAGUGGGUUUAGUACAAUCUAGAAUCCAGCAAUCUAGAUGCUGUAGGAGAAAGCACUCCUCUAUUCGGCACCAGUAGUGAAAGAAAGGCGAGGUCCUUCAUACAUACACGGCUACCAACAAACUUUAACUUUCUCUCCUUUCCUUGUUGUAUGGUUGGUUCAGAUUUUCACGAUACGACGACCGAGCAGGAACACGAACGUAUUUACGUACCCGCACGUUCUUACAUUCUUCGAUAAAGUCUUUUAUUUAGUGACGAUUGUACCACAAUUUAAGAAUAUUUCGUAAUUAAACUCUUAUAAAAAAAGUAAAUCGUAUAGCACGAGAAAAAAUUAGAUUUAGUUAUUUAACAAACCCGUCUAACUUUCAGAUAGAAUUUUUGAACCCCAAUCAAUUCGGUGAAAGUAUAGCCGAGCCUUAAAUUUAAUGUGUCCUACAUCAACUAAAUACAAUACACGGCCUGAGUUGCAAAUCAACUCUCUGGAACAUUAUACAUACAUAAAUACCUUCCAACAAAGUGUCUUUUGACAAUUUUUAAUCUCUACGUAAUUAAUAAUUUUCUUCGUAUUCCUCGUUUAAACGAAGCAACGAAUAGUUCGUCAUCGCGUCUGGAAAUUGCAUCUCGACCUUCAAGAGUUGGAGGUGGAAUUGUCAAGAAAAGUUCGAGAUCAAGGUGUCCCGCAGUGUUUGAAGUGAAGUUGGAGUUGAAGAGACAAUACCGAAUUGAAUUUUCACAAUGGCUUUCUCCGGGCUUAGGAAGCAAAUCAACAAAGCCAAUCAGUACAUGACCGAGAAGAUUGGCGGCGUAGAAGGAACCCGGCUUGAUGAUGAUUUUAUGGAAAUGGAAAAGAAAACCGACGUUACGUGCGAAUUGGUGGAAGAACUGCAGCUUAAAACGCGAGAAUAUUUGCAACCAAAUCCCACCGCGAGGGCGAAAAUGGCAGCAGUAAAAGGAAUAUCGAAACUGAGUGGCCAAGCCAAAGCUUCAACAUAUCCCCAGCCAGAAGGCGUUUUGGGUGAGUGCAUGUCCACGUAUGGCAGGAAACUUGGGGAAGACAGCGUUUUCGCUCAAGCUCUAAUAGAAGCGGGGGAAAGUUUGAAGCAAAUGGCGGAUAACAAGUACGCCCUAGAUGAUAAUGUCAAGCAGAAUUUCCUGGAACCACUUCAUCACUUACAGACGAAAGACUUAAAGGAAGUUAUGCAUCAUCGUAAAAAGUUGCAAGGGCGACGGCUAGAUUUUGAUUGUAAAAAAAGAAAGCAGUCCAAAGGUAUGCACGAUGUUGGUGGCAAAGAUGACGAAAUAAGAUUGGCAGAAGAUAAAUUCGCCGAAAGUUUACAUUUGGCCCAAAUGGGGAUGUAUAAUUUGUUGGAGAACGAUAUAGAGCAAGUCUCACAACUAGCAAUGUUCACAGAGUGUCUGCUAGAAUACCACAAGCAGUGUACCGAGAUUUUAACCGCGUUAUGCAGCACAUUGGAAGAAAAGAAAGAGGAAGCCGCAUCCAGACCGAAGAAGGAGUUCACACCGAAAACGGUUCACGAUCUUCAAUUGAAUCUUGACGGAACUGACAGUCUCUCCGACCACAUUGGAUCUAAAGAUACUCUGAACGGGACAACUCCGCAAAGAUCUCCUCUGCCGUCUCCUGGCAAUCCUAAGCGAGAAUGGGAGCCACUCUUCUCCGGCAAUAAUCCACCGAAAUCUGAUGAUGCCUCGCCAAUACCGUCUCCGAUGAAAUCUUCUGGAACCAGAACUCCUGUCGUUCAAGGGCCUUCUUGUCAAGCACUGUAUGAUUUCGAUCCAGAAAAUCCGGGCGAGUUGGGAUUCAAGGAAAGGGAUAUGAUACAAUUGGUCAGUCGAAUUGAUGAGAACUGGUACGAAGGAUGCGUAAAUGGAAAGACAGGUUUCUUCCCUGUCAGCUACGUUCAAAUUCUUGUGCCAUUGCCACAAUGAAUGGGAGAAAGUCAAAAAUAAUGAAAAACAAGAUAAAAAUACCAAGAAAGAGUUGAAGAAACAAGUAAAAAAGAAAUGUAUGACUCGAAAUUGCUAGAAAUUGUGGAUUCCCUCUUAAUCAUGUAAAAAACGUAGUGGUGUUUUUGUGUAAUCAAAACAUGUAGAAAUCAUCAAUCAAAUAUCUCAUUACUGUACGCCCCGUGCAAAAAACUUCAUUGUAAAUAUUUCAAAAUUUUCAAAAUUUAAAGCUGGCAACACCCGGAGCGAGAUUAUCAAUACAGUAUAAAAAAAGCCAGUUAAAUAAUUAUGUAAAUGAGACCGUCAUUAAAAAUCUGACCCAAAUGAAAGAGUGCGUAGACAGAAAAGUAAAGUCAAUUUCCCACGUGAAAUAUAAAAAUGCAUGUUAAUCAAAUACAUAGCUUUUAAUUCUUAACAUUGUAUGUAAGACGUUUAAAAGUCCACGGAUUUUAUCCAUUGAACUUUUUAAACUCUUACAGAUUCUGACAAUAUAGCCAAAACUUCAAAUUUUAAAUAUAUACAUAAUUAAAUAUCUACAAUUCAAUCUCAAAGUGAAAAAAAUGGAAGCAGGUGAAAUACUACUAAUAAUUGUAAAUCUUAACCAUCUUAUUCUCCGAUAAGAUGGUGACGAUAAUAACAUAAAAUAGAUAAUCACAUACAUAAAAGAUAAGUGUUUCAACAUGCAAAAAUUGUAAUGUAUAGAUGUGCAUACAUAGAUUACAGAGUACGGUACGAGUAGACAAAGAGAUUACUUCGAUGAUGCGCGAUGAAUAUAUUUUGUGUUGUUAUCCUGUACUUAAUAUCAGUAAUUAAUUAAUUAAUAAUAUUAUUUUGUACAUACACAUUAAAUAUUUUAAUAUUCUUGGUCACUAUAAUUAGAGUAAUAAUAGAUACUUACAAAUUACCUGUUUACUUACUUACAUAUGUAAAUUAUUAGCGUAUGGAUGGAUGGAUGACAAGUAAUAAUUGACUAAAUAUCAACAAUCAAAUCAAAAACCAAUAAUGCAGAUACACCAAUUAAGACUUUUAACAAUAUGUAUGUAUGUAAAUCACAAAAUCACAUUACAUUCUCCUUUUAAACCUUGCAUGUAAUUCAUAGAUAACAACAACACUGCUGAUAUUAAGAAACGUUGAAAAUUGUAGUAGAAAAAAAGUAGACAUGCGAAAAUUAUGUAGAUUUAUAAAUAGAUAUGCAAAUCCUCUAAAAUCUGCACACUUAAUACAAAAGUAGUUCAUCUCUCAUGCUGCAAUUAGUGACUUUAAAAGCUUGUUAUUUAGUACGGUGUAUGUAGUCUCUACCGAAAGAUAUUGCUUCAAAAUAAUAAUAAAAUGUACCACUUUUACCCUGUCAAAUCAAAAUUUCAAAAAUAGAUACACAUAAAUAUGUAAGUAGCCCGUUAAGCGAAUAAUCAAUCGGAUGUAACAAGAUGGAUCAUUUUAUUAAUUAAUUAGUUCCGUAUAAUUAAUAUCCAAUUGAAUGCCCAUUUGUUCAUGGCGUGGCCUCCCUGGAAAAAUUUUGCUUUCAAACAACUUUCGAACAAAUCAACAAGUUAUUGAUUAGCGGAUGAGCCUCUCAUGCCAAAUGUGCUGAAACUAUAUGUGAUGUUAAAUUUAGACGGGAUGUUGCGUUGUGAGUGAGUCGUCAUCAUAUGUAGAUAAGUAGAAGAAGACCAGAAAAAUAGAGGACAAGAUAAGAAGAACAAGAACAAGUAGAAACAAUUAAAUUAUUGAUUGCAUGAAUGGAUGAGUAAUUAAUUAAAUUAAGUUACAAACUAAAUUUAGGACGUCUCAGUUAACGUAAAUAUGUAUUUGUAUCCCACAUUUGUAAUUAAUUAAUUAACAAUGAGACAGAAAGAAGAUGAAGAAGAGGAUGAACAGUCGACUGUUUUUUGCAAAUUUGGAUAUUAUUCAUUUGUAAUCGCGAAAACUUUAUUACUUUUGAUGAUGAAGCCUCAUUUAUAAAAAUGGAACUGAUCCCGAGAUAAUUAACUGAUUUACCUAAUUUUUAUUAUGAAACGUGGGAUAAAGGAUAUCAUGAAUGAUGAGUUGCCAGUAAAUUGUAGUAGAAUUAAAUUAAUUAAAUACAGCAAAGCAACUAAAUUAAAUUAAUUGUAUGUACAUGCAUAUUAUUUAAUUAUCUAGGGGUUAAAGUUAAUGUGUAACUCUGUAAUCUAAUAAUUAAUAAUAUGAUAUCUUUGAUCUGAAUCUGAGUGUGCAUUCGUUUGAAUAAAAAUAACUAAUUGAUGUCGAACAUGCAUUUUAA